AUGGCAAAGCCGCCGUCAAACAUCAACCUCCGGACCAUCCGAUCCGAAAGCAACCGCAUACUCAGCGCCGACUUCCGCCACUUCAAUGCUCUCGUAUUCCUCUUUCUCUCCCCCAUCUCUUCCACCUUAAUCUACUGUCAAAUCUACCCCAUCAAAACCCUAAUCUCUAAUCUCCUUUACACCCUCACCAUCUCCGUCCUCUCUCUCUUCGCCGCCGGUUCCGUCACCUACAGCGUUUUCCACAGAUUUCACGGUCGACCCGUCAAGCUUUCAUCCUCUGUCAAGGCAGCUUUCACUUCCUUCUUCCCCCUCCUCUCAACUUGGCUUGUAACCCAGCUUAUCAUUUCUGGGAUCGGUUUAGUUCUUGGUUUGGCCUUUUUCUCAUUAUUCAAGGUAACCCAACUUCUAGGCCUCCAAGUUGAUUACCCUUCAUCUUAUUUCACUCUCCUUUGUCUUGUUCACGUGAUCAUCCUCAUGUUUAUCGUGGUUUAUCUACAAGUGAACUGGAUAUUUGCUUAUCUCAUCGUCGUGGUUGAAUCAAGCUGGGGACUUGAGCCUUUGAAACGAAGUCAGAUUCUGGUCAAAGGAAUGAAAGGGGUUGCUUUUAAGAUUGUUCUGGUUUUGAGCAUCUUCUGUUGGCUUGGUGCCUGGAGCUCGAUGUUAAGAUGGGUUGUUUUUGCCGGUGAUACAUUGAAAAUUUGGACAUUUCUUAUACAGAUUGUCACCCUUCCCGCUUCCUCAUACUACAUGUUGUUUUCGUUUUAUAAUUUGGUCGUAAACUCAGUUUUCUAUAUGUAUUCCAAGGCUCGACAUGGAGAGCUUGCUCAAGAGUGUGUAAGUUUAACGACUUUUGAUGAUGGGAAAGUCCCUGAUCGAGUCGUUUCAAACGUUUAA